AUGGGCAACCAACCAGGAGAUGCCAUAGUGUGCCGAUUCAGUAAUGCCCUGGCAGCGGGGCUGUGCUGGGGAGGCCUGGCGGAGGGGGUGGCCCGACAGGGCUGUGAGGUCACAGAGCCCCGCUUUGACAUGCUGUGCUGCGCCAGCUGCGGGCAACACUGUGGCAGCAGCGGCAGCAGCGGCAACAGCAUGGCGCGAGCCUGGGGGGCCGUGGUCCUCGCCUGCCUCCUCCUGCUGGCCCUGCAAGCCUGGGACGCCCAGGCUGCUCCAAGGCGAGCGCAGGGAGCAGUCCAUGUUGAUCAAGAUGCUCAGUGGAAUCCUGUUCCUGAGGUUGGGGGGAAUCCCAGAGCUGUCCGUGGAGACAGGGGUUACUUGACUUCUCAACUUGAGCCUGUCCGUGAGCCUUGGGGCGAUCCCACAGAUGUGGCUGCAGGCGAUGGUUAUCCAGCUUCCUGGCUGGGUUUCAGGGCUGACCCACAGGCAGGUCGCAUGGAUGUGGCCAGACGGAGGGCUUUUCCAGCUCCUUGGCUGAAUCCUGGGCUGAAUCCCAGCUGGCAUCCCAGGGAGACCAACCGUAAGACUGUGCAGAAGGAGGCCUUUCAGAAGGGAAGCAGGCACACCGUGCCAGUCUCCGAUGAAGAAAGAGAGGCAAUGCAAGAGACUGGCAUGCCAGGGGCAGAUGCUGGGAGAAGGUCUGAGGCUGCUGGUCACGAAUUGCUGCACAAGUACUAUAUCCCAGUGACUGCAGUAGCCUUGGCUGUGGUGCUGUCUGGGCUAGUUGGAUCUUGCAUAGUCAUUUCACGGCUGAGGAAGAGAGACCCAAGGAGCCAGGGAGAUGAAGCAGCACUGGGACAAGCUGAUACUGACUCUGCCUGGAAAAGUGAAGAUCCAACUAGAGAUAAAGGCAAAGCAGAGUCAGGAGCAGGAACAAGAAAAGUUGAGGUUGCUCAAGAAAAUGGGACUUUCAACAACAGCUCCAGCCCAUCACCGUGGCCUUUUGUGGCAGAGCUCACGCAGCUGUACAGGAGCGCAAGCGCAGACCCCUCACCUCUGCCCGCUUGUCCCAGCUGCUCUUUCACCAACGAUACCUCUUCAGUGGACAAUUUGAUUUCUCUCGACUCACCUCAGCCUAACCCCUUCUGGUGUCCCUGUCACCAGUUCCAACAGGGAUACUGUACCUCAGAAGAUGAGUCUUUUUUAGAGUAAAUAAAAAAUACAUUUUGGCCAAAAGCAGUGCGUCCUUGGCUGUUUUGGCCGUUUCCGUCGGGGUAUAACGCACAGAGCUGGGACCAGCGCUGGAUCUGUGAGAGAAGCUGUCAGAGACCUGCGCUCCAGUGAGGGACCCCUUUGUCCCAGCAUCAGCCUGGUUUCCCAGCUGGGGCUGUCAAGAAGGCUUUCACCCACCAGAAUGGGGACGUGCUGGUGGGACGUGAGGUGCGAAGGGUUGUCCUUGAACUGACUGGGGAUGCUGCCCUGAAUGCGGAUGGACUGGGCAGAGAGGGAAGGGGGUGCUGGAAAGGAUGGCCGACCAGUGCUGAGCACAUCAAGGAGGGCUGACGGGGUGGCAGAGGCUGCGGGGCUGGAGCAGUGUUCCCCACCCCAGACCCUGGAGAUGAUAAAUGAGCGGAAAGCUGGAGUGGGGCUGGGUGGGAGAAGGAGCGGAAGGAAUGUGAUAUUGGUAAGCAGGCUGGCAUUAAAAAUGGAACAGAGUAUAACGAAAUAUUAAUAAUACUGUAAAAAGAAAUGGGUUAAGCUUUGCAGACUGCCAGCAAAGGGGAGGAACACCUUUGGAGUACAUCUAAAGUCACGCUGGCCAAAUACAGCGGAUCCCGUUGAGGCUGACGUGGAGGCCUGACUCGCGAGGGUCUUCUCGGAGCAUGUCAGAUGACGCAAAGGACGGACCUCAAACCCAG